AUGUCUACUGCUGCGAAACUGACGCUUGCGGGCACCACAUUAGGCGCCAUUGGCAUUGUGGUAUUUGUGCAUCGCCAGCAGAAGCUCGACCAAGCUUUGAUGCAUGCGGGAGUCAUACGCGACAUGGAGCAACAACGUGUCAAGAAGGAGCGUCUGGCAGAUUUCGAAAUGCAGAGGCAAUUGGAAGAGGAGUACAGGAAGCUGCAGAAUGUGAGCGACGGCACCGAAUUUCGGGGCAAGACGAAAUGA